AUGUUGAACAAUGACCCCAGAGAGACGCUGGCCGGAGCAAACGUACAUAAAAGGCCCUGUGCUGCCCGUAUAUCUGGUCUUCAUCACACAAUCAUCCAAGCAAUCAACCAACCAACCAACCAAGAAACACCUUCAAUUCAAUCUUCAAAUCCAACUAUAUAUCUUACCAACCUAACCACCAAAAUGGCCAUCCAAAACAACACCCACGCUGACGGUUUUGAGCCGCUCAGCAUGGAGGAACUCUUCCCCCCCUACGGCUCUGAGGCUGCACUGACCCAGACAGCGGAACAUUUCGCCAAGGAGACCAUGUCCUCAAUCUACUUUGAUCUGAACACCCACAGCCGCUUCCAACGUGAGGCAAACACAGAGGAUCUCUACUCCAUGCAGGUGAUGGAGAACCUGGAAGGUAUCACCGAGGAAUUCAUGGAAACGGAAUUUGCUAACUACCUGGCCUCUAUUGGACACCUCAAGAAGAACCAAGUCAAGUCCCAGUCUCUCGCACCCGAGAACAGGUUCUGUGCUACUAUCACCGAGAUCGGAUGGAAGCUGGCCGCCAUCUGCGCCCAUACAGAGGCCUUCCGCCGGGCAUACAUGGAAGCCGACCACAGACUCUGGGAAUGUCUACUGCAGAAUAUCCACAACAACUCCCUGAGCAUCGAGCACUAUGCUCACUGCCGCGAGCUGGACUGGAUCAAGCUCAUCAAGGAAGUGCCUAGCCCCAUCCCAGGUCUGCCAUCGGCAAAGGAGGCUGUAGAGAGCGCCCUAGACUGGGAAGUCCACCACCCCCACCACACAGUGCUCACCCUCGAUGGUGACCUGAAGCGUACCGAGUUCAACGGUGAGUACCAGACACACAUCGACGAGAGCAUCUAUGAUGAAUGCUUCCCCUCGGACCCAACCGCCAAGUCAGACGUCAACUCCACCGGCUGCGCCCUCUGUGGAAGCCAGGGCCCUUGUGGAUGUACCCUGCAAUCCCGCGCAGGAGAGCUCGUAGAGCUGGUCGAGUACCCAGGAGUAGGCACCGGCGUCCGCAGCCUGACGACCUUCAACCGCGGGGAUGUCCUUGACAUCUAUGUCGGUGAGUUGAGGUCCGACACCGCCAACGACACCGUGUACCCCCUGAGCCAGAGCUGGGAUGCACCCAAGGGAGACCAUCUGUGCUACAUCUGCUCCCACAAGACAGGCAACUGGACCCGGUUCCUGAACCACUCCUGCCAGCCCUCGACGAACUUCGUGGUCCGCACGAUUGGAGACCGCGUGGUGACCACCAUCGAAGCCGCCCGGUACAUCGCACCCUUUGAGGAACUGACAAUCGACUAUGGCUCCGGAUAUUGGCAGGGCGGGCUUCGAGAGUGCGCUUGUGGUCACUGGAACUGCAUCAGCAACCCCAGCAGCGAGAGCGGGAGCCCCGUUCCGGAGCACAAGGUGCUUGAGGGCAAGGCCUCCAAGAAGAGCACGAAGGGUAAGAAGACCAACGGCAAGGCCCCCAAGGCCAGCAAGAACAAGAAGGCUAGAGUUAGUCCUUACUAA